AACCCUAGCUUCCCCUCGUCUCUCUGCCUCCAGCCGCACCCGCCGCCGGACCCCAAUCCCCGAUCUGACCCCCCCCCCCCCCUCAUGCCCUCUCCAUCCUCCUCCUCAAGACGUCACCAUCGCCUCCGUUCGUCUUUUCCCGCGCCGGCGCCGUCGUUCGUCUUCUCCCGCGCCGGCGCCGUCGAGGCCGAGUCGUUCCACUUCCCGCUCUGGCAGGUCUGCGCGGCCGCGUGCGGGGCGUUCGUCUUCUCCCGCGCCGAUGUCGUCGAGGCCGAGGCGUUCGACUUCCCGCUCUGGCAGGUCUGCGCGACCGCGUGCGGGGUGGGGCCGGCCGAGGUGGCGUCCCUCGACGGGCACACCAGGCUGCGUGCCGCCGCGACGGCUGGCAGGACCGGCACCGGCGUGGCCAACCCCACGGCCAUGGCCGUCACCCACGUGCUCCACAACAAGCACGAGUUCCCCUUCACCACCGGCACCUGCGACCUCGUCCUGCUGUCUCUUGGCGGGAACGCCGCCGCCGGUCGGGCGCGGUCGUCCUCCAGCCUCCUGCGCAUCGCCGGCACGUGCCAGGCCGACAUCGGACAGUGCAGCGAACACGAGCAAAUAAAUUGGUAGAAGGUGCAGACGACUAUAUGAACCAAGGCUUGUGUAAUAUGUAAAGUGAGUUGCAGAUGCAGUAUCUACCUUUUUGAUAAGUAUUGGGUGUAGGUAAGACACAUCUAAUCUGAAUUGAGAUAUGGAUGGCGUGAAUAGUCUGUAUGUUCGAUUUUCGAUUGAAUGUUGAAUUAUUAUCAACUAGAUCUGCAUCCACCGACAUUACUAGCUCCUCCUUGAAUACCAACUGUCGGAAAGAGAGCAAUGGUACUGUGAUUGUACUGUUUUAUGCCAGGUGUUAAGGAAUACUAUUUGCAAGCAGUUAGCGAGGAA